AAUAACAUCCAUUCAUGUAAUGAUUGCUCUUGGUGCCUUGAACAAUCUCGUGGUACACCAAAUGGAUGUUAAGACCGCUUUUUUGAACGGUGAUCUGGAUGAAGAAAUCUAUAUGGAACAACCAUAAGGGUUUGUUAUCCCCGAACAUGCCUCGAAAGUCUGUAAGUUAGACAAAUCAUUAUAUGGUUCGAAACAGGCUCCAAAACAGUGGCAUGAGAAGUUUGACACUCUCGUUCUCUCACAUGGCUUUAAAGUUAAUGAAAGUGACAAGUGUAUUUACUGCAAGUCAGAAAAUAACACUUGCACUAUCAUAUGUUUGUAUGUAGAUGACAUGUUGAUAUUUGGUACAAAUAUUCACGUGAUCAAUGAAGCAAAAGCCAUGUUGAAAGAGAGAUUUGAGGUUAAAGAUCUUGGAGAAGCAAAGUUUAUGCUUGGAAUCCAGAUAACUAGAACAGCAAAUGGUUAUUCUUUAGAUCAAUCUAGCUACAUAGAGAAGAUCUUGAAGAAAUAUAACUAUUUCGACUGUAAACCUGCGUGUACUCCGUAUGAUGCUAGUGUAAAGCUAUUUAAGACCACUGGAGACAGUGUAAGACAAUCAGAAUAUGCUAGCAUCAUUGGCAGUCUCCGUUAUGCAGCGGAUUACACUCAACCAGACAUUGCAUAUGUCGUGGGAUUGCUUGGCAGGUUUAACAGCUAUCCUAGUAGAGAGCAUUGGAAUGCUAUAGAGAGGGUCAUGAGAUACCUCAAGAGAACAGCAAACCUUGGUAUACACUAUCAAAGGUUUCCUGCUGUACUAGAAGGGUAUAGUGAUGCGGAUUGGAAUACCCUAUUAGAUGACUCCAAGGCAACCAGCGGGUAUGUUUUUAGCAUCGCUGGUGGAGCUGUGUCUUGGAAGUCAAAGAAACAAACAAUCCUAGCUCAAUCAACUAUGGAAUCACAGAUGAUAGCACUAGCAACGGCUAGUGAAGAAGCAAGUUGGUUGAGAGGAUUGUUGUCAGAGAUUACCCUAUGGGAAAGGCCGGUCCCUCAGGUAUUGAUCCAUUGUGAUAGUGCCGCAGCUAUCGCUAAAGUUGAGAACCGGUUCUAUAACGGAAAGAAACGAAAGAUUCGUCGUAAGCACAGUACUGUAAGAGAACUCCUAACGAUAGGAGCAGUGAGGGUGGAUCAUAUAAGAUCCGAACAGAAUCUAGCUGAUCCUUUGACGAAAGGAUUACCUAGAGAGAAAGUCCAAAAUACCGCCAAGGAUAUGGGACUUAUGCCUACCGAACCAUGGACUACAAGUGAUGGUAACCCGACCCAAUAGACUGGAGAUCCCAAGAAAUGGGUUCAAUGGGUAAUAACAAGUCAUGAGUAGUAUGCGAAAAGUUCAUGCAUAGUGAAGCAUGAAUCCCAAAGCAAUAGAGGUUGAGUUAAUAACUCUUAAUGAGAUCUAUACCCUAUGUGGGGUGGAGUACUUUACUUUGGGGGUACUCCUGAUAGACUCACCUAUGUGAAUGUGGGAGUGGGGCCGCUCCCUAUGGAACUUUGGAGGCACAAAGUUACUAGAGAGUUCACUAAACCAGGAUAACGUGCAUGGCCAUAAACGCACGGGCUAUGAAGAGAACACAACUCAAUGAAAAGAUCCGGUGUGC